AUAAAUAUUGACAAAGUUGAGUUAUAAUUCCUGCUUAUUUUACAAAGAAAAUUGUUACUAAGGUUGGCUUAAGGUUGGGGUCAUAGGUCACAGUUUAUGUUGUUUGUUCUCUCUAUAAAGUCAAUCAAAUAAUGAAAUGAUAUGUGUCAGAUUGUAAUUUAAAAAUAAAGAUAAAGUGGUAGAACCUGAAAAUUGUAAUUUAAGUAGAAAGUAAAAGUAGAUCAUUUUAUAUCCCUAGUUGUAAUUUCGUAGUUUAUUACAAUAAUUAUCUUACUCAAGUUUUAUCAGUGUCAAGAAGUUUAAAUAUGUCUACACAUUCAGCUGAUACACAUUUUAAAGGAAAACAGGAUAGAUAUAAAGGGGUAAUUAUAGAUUCUGAAGAAGAGGAAUGUACAGAUAUUACAGAUUUUUGUAAAAAGCUAGACGAUUCUUUGAAAAUCUGGACAGAGAAUGAAUUAAGGGGAAUUUGGUUUAAAGUUCAUCUAAACCAAUCUGAAUGGGUUCCUGUAUUGGCAAAGAAUGGGUUCAAAUAUCAUCAUGCCAAAGAAGAAUAUAUUUUGAUGUAUAAAUGGUUACCAAAAACAGAAAAUUCCAAUAUUCCACCAUUUGCUCACACAAUGUUAGGAGUUGGAGCAGUAGUUAUAAAUGAUAGAAAUGAAUUGCUGAUUGUUCGUGAAAAACAUAAUAUUAGGAAUGUAGUUCAUUACAAAUUACCUGGAGGGUAUGUUGAACCUGGUGAAAAUAUAGUCGAUGCUGCAAUAAGAGAAGUUCAUGAAGAAACGAACAUUAGGACAGAAUUUCAAUCUGUUUUAACACUCAGGCACACUCACGGUUCUGCUUACAACUGUUCUGACAUUUAUAUGGUGGUACAUCUUAAAGCGCUUACAGACAACAUCAUAAAGUGUGAACGUGAAAUUGCUGAAGCCAAAUGGAUCGACAUUAAAGAUUUUUUAAAUCAUCCCGAUAUUACCCAGUUAAAUAAAUUUUUUGUUAGGAAAUAUUUAGAGUACAAGGAUAACGCUAUUAAGAUUAACUGUUUCCAUGGGAUUCACGAGCUAAUGAAUAAGGCAUAUACUAUGUAUUCUGUGACCAAAAGUGAUAUAGAUGUUCAUGAAAAAGCUUUAGAAAAUGUAAAA